CAACAAAGACUGAAACUUUUUCUUCACAGAAUCCAUCAUCACUUAUGGCGGUGAUUACUCCAGCUACACGUAUUGCGCCGCCGCUGAACCGGCCUUUUCUCCACCGAUCGACACUCGCCUCGCUUCAUUGCGUAUCCAGGAAAUUCCUCUUCCUCGGAAACCCAACUCCGAGUUCCACGAUCGUCGCCGUCCGGUGCCAGAAACCUGUUUCCGACGGUGCUCACUCUAUGGAAUCUACGAAUCAUGCCUCUUCAGCCUCAUCCGUUUCAUCUACUAUCGAUUUCCUAACUUUAUGCCAUCGGCUCAAGACAACAAAGAGAAAUGGGUGGAUCAAUCAGGGGAUAAAUGGACCUGAAUCAAUUGCUGAUCACAUGUACCGUAUGGCUCUAAUGGCACUGAUUACUGGUGAUCUUGCAGGAGUUGACAGAGAAAGGUGUAUUAAAAUGGCAAUUGUGCAUGACAUCGCUGAAGCUAUUGUUGGGGAUAUUACCCCAUCUGAUGGUGUUCCUAAGGAAGAAAAGAGUAGGAGAGAAAAAGCGGCUUUAAAGGAGAUGUGCGAAGUUCUGGGUGGAGGCCUGAGAGCUGAGGAGAUCACAGAACUCUGGCUAGAGUAUGAGAACAAUGCUUCUUUAGAGGCAAAUCUUGUAAAAGACUUUGAUAAGGUUGAGAUGAUUCUACAGGCACUAGAAUAUGAAGCAGAACACGGGAAAGUCCUCGACGAGUUUUUCAUAUCAACAGCAGGCAAGUUUCAAACCGAAAUCGGAAAGAGCUGGGCCGCUGAGAUCAACGCGAGGAGAAAAAGCCAACUGACAAACAGGCAGAGAUAGUAAUCCAGUUCCCUCAACUAUCAACAGAAGAGUAACUCCUAAACUGAGCAGGCUCCUCUUGAAUUUAACCAAAAAGGUACAAGCUUAUGAUGAAGUUUUCAAUUUUUGUUGUGUAACAAACACUAAGUCCUCGUCUUUAACUUCCCUUUUGGUUGCUAGUUAAGUAAUCUAGUCAGUAAAUUCUGUUGAACAUGAAUCUGAAUUUAGAUAAGCUUGUUUCUGAGUAUGUUGGAUCAGAAUUUCUUUAUUAAAAUCUUAUUUUGAG